AUGCGGGUGAGAGGCGGCGGAUUGGGUCAGGUCUACAGAACUGUGGAGUUCCACUUUCACUGGGGCAGCACUGAUGACCUGGGCAGUGAGCACGCGGUCAACGGGAGGAAGUAUCCUUUAGAGAUGCAUAUAGUUAACUACGCCGAGAAGUAUGGAAAUGUGAAAGCAGCGAUGACACAACCAGACGGACUGGCAGUGCUUGGUGUCUUUUUUGAGAUUUCAGACAAGGACAACCCUCAGUUCACGAAUGUAGAUGAGGCCCUACGUCAUGUCCAUAAAGCAGGUCAACACGCGACCAUCAACCAGCUGCGACUGAGGUCACUUCUGCCCGAUGACCUGUCCAGGUUCUGGCGCUACAACGGUUCCUUGACCACGCCUUUCUGCUUUGAGUCCGUUACCUGGACCCUGUUUUCGGAGCCGCAGAAGAUUUCCAAAUCCCAGCUGGAAACUUUACGGUCUCUGCUGCACGAAGAAGGUCAUGACCUCGCUGAUCACGGAGGACACCAUACGGCACCAUCUAAACUUCUAGACAACUGGCGACCGCUACAACCACUCAACGGUCGAGUGGUCAAGCAGAGUUUCCAUGGAGACUUCAUGAGCAGCAAGCCUUACCUGGACACAAAGAUGACCCCGUUUGACACAGCCGUGCCCGUAACAGCAACCUCCGGUAGACACGAAGGUUCAGCUGUGACGAUCAUGUACAACAUAAACCCGAACGUUCAACCAACUGCGGGACAAGAGACUGCUAAACUGAGCGGAAUGUCACAAGGUGGAGAUAGAAUGCAAUCGCAGAUAAUAGAACUGAAUAAUUUCAAUUCACAGCAAAGUUUUGGAACAGAACCAAAGGAAGAGAAAUUGCUAAUCUACAACCAAGGUUCCCCUGGAGUCAUUAACUCUGCGCCGACGAUGUUAAGCUCGGAGAAGUCUCAGCGAGGCGACGUGAAUGGUGCGAUGGGACUAGCUGACGGUCAAAUGCUGCAGACGAGCCAUGGUAUGGAGGCUAACAGCGGCCCUGAAGCGAGUAUGAACCUCCAAGGAAAGAGUGGUCAACAGACAUCUUCCUCAACAACCCCUGACCUACACAAGAAUGUGGGUUUAACACAGCAUAAUAGUCCCAUGUCGUCUUCGUCAGGUACUGCCAUUUCUGGGCUUAGACUAAGGUCAUCUUUAGGAGAUAAAGAUGUUUCCAGAAAUUUUCAAGUAUAUCAGAGUUUAACUUCUGGAAAAGUCAGUAGUGUUAUAAACACUAGUACUCCAACGCCAACUGCUCGUUUAUCAACGUUCCCUGUACGUGUUCAAGGUUCAGAAACUCAUACCCCGAUACAAAAUCUUCCACUGUCUCAGUCUUUGAGAUCUCAAAGCUUAGCGUCAUCUGGUGGUACAACAAACCCGCAGGCAAAUCAUGUGUCCCACUCAAGUCUCCGGAACGGCCAGAUAGACAGCCGCAUAGCUCAUGGGAUGGCCCAACAGGCAAACAUCCAUCACCAAAUGCCUCCAGUCGUCAGACACGUUCAGCCGAUAUCGCCUACAGCUCUUAACCAAGAUAGUAACUUGCAUUCACAACGACAACGACACAAUUCCCUACAGCAACAGGCCCCACACUUGCACAGGCCGCCAACGUCUCAACAGCUGCGAGCGAUAUUUGAGAGACUAGCUGCGACCAAUCGUGCCAACUCGAGAUUGAGAAUGCUUUCAUCCGGGGCAGCUGCCAUUCCGCGGUUAAAAACACAGCAAAUGAACUCAGCCAGCGGUACCUCUAUCAUAAACUCACCUCCUUCUUCUGAACAUCAAGCACCUGUGUCCAAGGACAACCAGCUCAGGAGAGACCCUAAUCUGCAGCCUCGUACUUCAUCCACAUCCAUGCAGUCAACAUUGAUAAGCCCUAACACAAACACGGAUUACAAUGGCGCUAUUAUCUCCUCGCAUUCUUCACCUCAGACACACUGGCAACAACUUUACCAGCAGCAAGCAAAUACUCACCAGAAUGGAUACCGCCAGGGUAUCCCCCAACAGUUAAACAGGCAACAGCAGCUAUACCCCCAACAGAGCCCCUUCCAGCAACAAGGGAGACCACCACGUCAGUACUUCCUACCUUCCAUCUACUCCCCUGCGUCAGGCGUAGACAACACGAAUUUAUACUAUGCAGCAGAUCCCGGUAUAUCAGGUCCUGGAUCGAGCAUCAUGUCGGUACCUCAAGUUUUCCCCGUGAACAAUGCCCAGCAAGGCAACGCAAACAGCCAGCUGCAGUCUGUGGGACUUGUGCGUCCUGGCUACGAGCAAGGAAACAACUGGCAGUCACUCAGCUUUCAGAACCAACAGUACCCGUUCCUCGUCUACUGA